UUUUCCCACAAAAGUGACCCGCAUCCAGCUUUUCUCUCAAACCCUAUUGCGGCAUCCAUUAGUUCUCCUUCCCUAUUGCACCACCCAUCGUUUCUCCUUCACAGCUCUCCAUCUGUCGCCGACCCACACCUCGCCGCUCCGCAGCACUCCAGCCACCAACGCUCCGACGCUCCACCGCACUCCAGUCGCCUCCCCGCCGCUCCACCUCACUCCAGCCGCCUCCCCGCCGCCUUCCUUCUCCUUCCUUAUGGUCUCCGUUUCUGAUCCGCUGGCAUCCGACAUCACCACCUCUAUCGCCGCUUCUGCCGGCCUCCAGCCUGCCGCUCGGUUCUAUUCUUCUUCAUCUUCUCGUUUUUUCAGAUCUGAGGUGAAAGGAGCGGCUGGAGUUACGAAGGUGGUGAACGACGGCUAGGGGUGCGAUGGUGGUGAUGGGCUGGAGCUGACAUCUAUUGGCUGGGGCUGAGAUCUCUUGGCUGAGGCUGAGAUUUAUGCUGGUGUUGAUGGGUUGGAGGUUGGGGGAGUGAUAGAUUUUGGGGUUUGGGGAUGAACGUUUGUGGGUGAUUGGUGCUGAACGGUAAGGAUGAGUUUGCAGGGUAAGAGAGACAGGGGGAUAGGGGUAAUGGGCAAUCUAGCUAAGGAGAUGGUAGUUGGUGGUUCCGGUUGGAUGGCCGCCGGAAAAUUAUCUGGCGUAAUGGAGGGCGACAGUGACUAGCCGGGGACGGCGGUCACUGGCCGGGAGCGGCAACAGUCACUGGCCGGGGCGACGGCAGUGACUGGUCGGGGGUGGCAGAGUAACUCUUACGGUGGAGUCACUGUAGCGGUGGAGUCACUGUGACCGGAGUCACAAUGGCAGUGGAGUCACUAACUCACUAUGGCGGCGGAGUCACUGUGGUCGGAGUCACUUUGGCCGGAGUCACUUUGUUCGGAGUCACUGAGAUAGUGACUGCUUGUGGCGGCGGCGGUGCUGGUGGCGGCGGCGGCGGCAGAGGUGGUGCUGGGUUCUGGAGGUGCUGGUGGCUACCAAAGAUGACUAUUAAUCAAAUGUGUAAAAGGAAUAUUAAAAUAAUAAAUAUAUGAUUAAAAAUAAGGAAUAAAUGACUUUUAGUCACAUUUUUUGAAAAACUUAAAACAUGCCACUUUUUUUUAUCUUUUUCAUUCAUUUUAGUAAUAUUGGAAUAAAAAGGCCUAUAUUAAUUCCACUCUAAAGAGCCCCAAUGGAGGGUAAAUUAUACUUCCUCCGUUCCAAAAGGUUGGCUAAAGUUGACUUUCACGUGAAUUAAUAAAGUAAAAAGUGUGAAUUAAAAAAUGUGAUCCAAGCAAUGCCUACGUAUGCAAUGAAUGUAUUUCUAUUGCCUCGGGAACUUUGUGAGGAGAUUGAAAGAUUGAUGAACGGGUAUUGGUGGCGAGGGACCAAAUUAGAUCAAAGGGGUUUGCGGUGGAGGAAGUGGGAAAGUCUGUGCAGGCCAAAGAAAGCAGGGGGGUUGGGAUUCCGACGGGUACGAGAUUUUAAUUUAGCCAUGCUAGCGAAACAAGCUUGGAGACUUAUUACGGAUACAGGAAGCUUGGUGAGUAGGGUGUUUAAAGCACGGUAUUAUCCGGGGUCCUCAUUUUUGGGGGCACAGAUGGGUAAUAACCCUUCUUAUAUUUGACGUAGUAUUAUGGCGACCCAACCGACUAUGAAGGUGAACUUGAGAAGGAGAGUGGGUAAUGGAAGGGAUACACAGGUCUGGGCAGACAGGUGGCUUCCGGGUACGGACUCGGGAUUGGUGCAGUCACACAGACUGAAUGGAGUGCUUGAUAUGAAUGUAGCAUCGCUACGGGAUGAGGAAGGGAAGGCUUGGAAUGUGAGAAGGGUUGAG